GGCGGCCGGGCCGGGCCGGACGGCGCCUGCGUACUGAGGGGGGACGCGGCCCGGCUGGCUGGCUCUGGCGGCGGCUGGGCUGGGGCCGCGGUGGCGGCAGCCGCGGCGGCGGGCGGCGGUUGCUCGUGCGCGGCGGCGGCGGCGGGUCCCGCGGGCGGCGGGGCGCUGACGGCCGGGGGCGCGGCGGGCCGGGCGGCGGGCGGCGAGCGGGGGAAGAUGGCGGAGCUGGGGAAGAAGUACUGCGUGUACUGCCUGGCCGAGGUGAGCCCGCUGCGCUUCCGCUGCACCGAGUGCCAGGACAUCGAGCUGUGCCCCGAGUGCUUCUCGGCCGGCGCCGAGAUCGGCCACCACCGCCGCUACCACGGCUACCAGCUGGUGGACGGCGGGCGCUUCACGCUCUGGGGGCCCGAGGCCGAGGGCGGCUGGACCAGUCGCGAGGAGCAGCUGCUGCUGGACGCCAUCGAGCAGUUCGGCUUCGGAAACUGGGAAGAUAUGGCUGCCCACGUUGGUGCUUCCCGGACUCCCCAAGAGGUGAUGGAGCAUUACGUGAGCAUGUACAUCCACGGGAACCUGGGGAAGGCCUGCAUCCCCGACACCAUCCCCAACCGCGUGACAGACCACACCUGUCCCAGCGGAGGCCCCCUCUCACCCAGCCUCACCACCCCGCUGCCCCCGCUGGACAUCUCUGUGGCUGAGCAGCAGCAGCUGGGCUACAUGCCGCUGCGGGAUGAUUACGAGAUCGAGUACGACCAGGAUGCCGAGACGCUCAUCAGCGGGCUCUCUGUCAACUAUGAUGACGACGACGUGGAGAUCGAGCUGAAGCGCGCCCACGUGGACAUGUACGUGCGGAAGCUGAAAGAGAGACAGCGGCGGAAGAACAUUGCCCGUGACUACAAUCUGGUGCCAGCCUUCCUGGGGAAGGACAAGAAGGAGAAGGAAAAGGCGCUGAAGCGCAAGAUCACCAAGGAGGAGAAGGAGCUGCGCCUGAAGCUGAGGCCGCUGUACCAGUUCAUGUCAUGCAAGGAGUUUGAUGACCUUUUUGAAAACAUGCACAAAGAAAAAAUGCUCCGGGCCAAGAUCCGAGAACUGCAGCGGUACCGGCGAAACGGGAUCACCAAGAUGGAAGAGUCGGCAGAGUACGAGGCAGCGCGGCAUAAACGGGAGAAGAGGAAGGAGAACAAAAACCUAGCCGGCUCCAAACGGGGAAAGGAGGACGGCAAAGACAGCGAGUUCGCCGCCAUUGAGAACCUUCCAGGCUUCGAGCUCCUGUCAGAUCGUGAGAAGGUGCUCUGCAGCUCUUUAAACUUGAGUCCAGCCCGCUACGUGACUGUGAAGACUAUUAUAAUUAAAGACCACCUCCAGAAGCGGCAAGGAAUCCCCUCCAAAAGCCGCCUUCCUAGCUACCUGGACAAAGUCCUAAAGAAAAGGAUUUUGAAUUUCCUCACAGAAAGCGGCUGGAUCUCCAGGGACGCGUCUUGAAGCUGAGACGCUUUGAAAGCCAGAGUGAUGCUCAGACAGUGUGCCAGCCAAAAUGACUUGGGGGAGGGGAGCCGCUUCCCCACUGUUGCUCUUUUUUAAACAAAUGGAGUUCCUUUUUUUAAGAUAGAAAUUCUUUUCAUGGUCCUCUGAAAGAAGCAAUAGUAACAAUCUUAUAUUGGAUCAUGGGGGAAGCAAAUGUGUGUAUUUUAAGUGAGUUCCUGCGAGUCAUACACUGCGAUGAUGCUCCGCCUUUACCCGUUCAGUUGGGAGCUUAUUGUGAGAUUGGAUCAUUUCCUUUUGAGUGUUCUUCUCUUUGGUACAAAAGCUAUUGUGGGUGACAGGAGCAGUGUUUUCCUGCUGGACCCGCAAGCCACCAGCUAUUUCCUGGUGACACAAGCUCUUCUCAGGCGGGGCUGCCUGCAGGCUCCCGUUUUCUGAGCCCACGCUGCCCACAGCUGACCCCAGCGCAGCCCCGGGCACGCGGCACUUUACAUGGGGGCAGCUUGGGCCCAGACUCCUCCGCUGUGUAGCCAAUGAGGAAAAUCAGGCCAGAGGACAACAGGCUGGCAUUUUGUUGGGAACUGAAGAGGAAUCUGUUGAACACAGCGACCAGAUGACCUUCCAUUUCACCGGCGGCAGCCGUUUCAGCGUGCAGUUCCCAAACCCCGAGGCUGACCCUGCGCCCCAUUUGAAUACGGCCAGAGCCUGCUGGUUCACUUUGGGUAGAGCCGUGCCCCUUGGGCAGGCUCCCAUAGUGACCACGUCCCCACAAAUGGGAAAGCACGUUAGUGGGAGGGACGUAGGACACGUGUGGACCACCAGGCCCUCCCAGCUCAUUUUCCAGGGCUGCUUGGUGCUGCUGUUAAGACGUGAGUGCAUUUCACUUGGAAGAACCCAUUGUACAAAGUUCAAGGCUACGAGUUCUGAAUUCUGGCGUCAGCUUCCUCAGGAUUUUCUUCAGUUGCAAGUACCUUUCCACUGAAAAUAUGAGCAUGCCCGCCUGGCUAGUAGGCAUCUGUAAGAGUGUCGCCAGGCCCGUGCCAGCUGAGGCCUCAGACUAGCCAGGCAAGAGCUGUCUGACCAGUUGGCUGGCGGUGGUUCUGGUGGAGCACGAGGGAGCCCAGGUGGUGCCCUGAGCCUCGAGCUGCUCUCUGUCACUGUCUUGAAUCAGACUCAGAAAUGGCUUCUUCCCAGCCCUGCCUACAAGUUUUUCUCUCGGGUCCUCUUUCAAGGAUGUCCACGGUACCUUCCUCCUGAAACUUGAGCAAGUCUUUUGUCUUCCAGCUGCCCAGGGUUCUCUGGUCCAAGACCCUGCUUUAAAGAGAGUCUUUGGCGUGCUCAGACUCCAGCGCUCCGUUCUUCAAGGAGGUUGACUUGCCUCUCAGGCCCCGUAGGUACCAAGAGACUGUUUACCUCCCAGUAUGUUUGGGCUUGAAGUUACAUUAAAGUGAAGUUAUUUGAAAGAAAGAAAACCUCAUCAUUUCUAAGGAUGACUUAAUUACUGUGCCUUUUCCUUUCUUUUUACACAUCCUACUGUCCCUUAGGGUAAAAUUUUCAGCAUUAAAUAAAACAUUUCAAAUAUAUUGUA